CCACACCACAUCGCAUUCCGUUCGAUACUAGAACACAGAACGUAGAACACAAUUACAGAACACGGGACAUUAACCGACAACCACAGCCACAGCCACAGCCAUGGCCGCCGCCGACCCCAACAUCAUCCACGUCGAAUACCGCGGUCGUGUCGCCAUCCUCACCAUCGACAAUGACAAAAAGUUGAACGCCUUCACGCAGCUCCAGUACUACGACCUAGCCCAGAAACUCCGCGAGGUAGCCACCCAUGACGAGGUUUACAUUACCGUUCUCAUUGGCAAGGGCCGUUACUUUUCCGCCGGCGCCGACGUCUCCAUCAUCUCCUCCGGGCCCCCCACCACCGCAACCCCAAGAGAAACCCACAAACACUGGCUCCACAACUUCGCCGCCUUCAACCUCAACGUAACCCAAGCCUUCGCCACGCACCCCAAGAUCCUCGUCGCCGCCCUCAACGGCCCCGCCAUCGGCCUCUCCGCCGCCCUGGCCGCCUUCGCCGACUUCGUCUACGCCACGCCCCACACCUUCCUCCUGACCCCGUUUUCGAGUCUCGGUCUCGUCACCGAGGGAGGGGCGAGCCGCGCCCUCGUCCAGCGCCUGGGCAUCAGCAAGGCCAACGAGGCCCUGCUGAUGAGCCGCCGCAUCCCCGUCGAGGACCUCCUGGCUACGGGGUUCGUGAACAGGGUGUUCGAGUCCGUGGGGAAGGGGCCUGGGGAGGACGCCAAGUUUAGGGACUUGGUGCUGCGGGAGGUGGACGAGCGGUUGGGGCCCCAUCUUAUUGGGGAGAGCUUGACGGGGAUCAAGGCGCUUAUCCGCGCGCCGGAGGUGGAGAUCCUCGAGAGGCAGAAUGUGAAGGAGGUGUUUGCUGGGUUGGAGAGGUUUAUGAAGGGGGUGCCGCAGGAGGAGUUUAGGAAGAUUGCGAGCGGGGAGAAGAGGCAUAAGCUGUGAGCGUGUAUAGAUAGAUGUAGAUGCUAGGGGUGGUUGGCGUAAGGAAUGCCAUCGAAGGCCUCAAGCCAACAGGCCAAACAACAGAUUCGUCCUUUCCCAGACUUCACGAGCCGACUUUGCCAUCCGCUCCCGAGCUUUGGAGUCGAGACCGGUGUGCUCAUAAACCUGAUCCUCCAACCUCCCGAAC